GCAGCGAGGUCCCAGUCAGGAAUGUUUGCGGCUGCGCGUCGCGGGCGGGGCCUCUGGGGCGGAGCCGCCACCAUCUUGGAACAGGAGGCGGAGCAGAGCCGACUGGGAGCGACCGAGCGGGCCGCCGCUGCCGCCAUGAACCCCGAAUAUGACUACCUGUUUAAGCUGCUUUUGAUUGGUGACUCGGGCGUGGGCAAGUCAUGCCUGCUCCUUCGGUUUGCUGAUGACACGUACACAGAGAGCUACAUCAGCACCAUCGGGGUGGACUUCAAGAUCCGAACCAUUGAGCUGGAUGGCAAGACCAUCAAACUUCAGAUCUGGGACACGGCUGGCCAGGAGCGGUUCCGGACCAUCACUUCCAGCUACUACCGGGGAGCUCAUGGCAUCAUUGUGGUGUAUGACGUCACCGACCAGGAAUCCUAUGCCAACGUGAAGCAGUGGCUACAGGAGAUCGACCGCUAUGCCAGCGAGAAUGUCAACAAGCUCCUGGUGGGCAACAAGAGUGACCUCACCACCAAGAAGGUGGUGGAUAACACCACAGCCAAGGAGUUUGCAGACUCUCUGGGCAUCCCCUUCCUGGAGACGAGUGCCAAGAACGCCACCAACGUUGAGCAGGCGUUCAUGACCAUGGCUGCUGAAAUAAAAAAGCGGAUGGGCCCGGGGGCUGCCACCGGGGGUGAGCGACCCAACCUCAAGAUCGACAGCACCCCCGUGAAGCCAGCUGGUGGCGGCUGUUGCUAGAAGGGGCGCGGGGGUGGGACAGGAGGGGCACCUUCUCCAGAUGAUGCUCCUGGAGGGGGCAGGAGGUGCCUCCCUCUCCUGGGGUAUUUGAGUCUGUGGCUUUGGGGUGUCCUUGGCUCCUCAUCUCCCUCUGGCCCAUCUGCCUGCCACCCUGAGCCUCGGUUCUACCAGGGCCCCCAAGGGAGGACACCCAGGACCUGGGGCUGGGGCACUGUGGGCCUUGCUCUGCUGCUGCCUCUAGGUAACUUUAAAAGAUACGCCACCAUACACUUUUCUUUGGGAUGAGGGCCCCUCUGUCUGUCUCCCUCCACUGGCCCCCAUGUAUGCUGCAGUGGGUUUCUCUCCUUGUCCUUUUCUCCCCUGCCCAACCCUUCCCCAUGAACUGAGGGCCUCCUGGCCUCUACUGCCCAGGCUGAAGUCAGUGCCCGGGGCCAGAAAUGGGACCGGGGACCAGAACCUGGGAUCCAGGGUCCUAGGUCGGACUUCAGGACGGGCAUGGGGGUUACAGGGGCCCAACAGCCCCCCUUUCCCCUCCUCCCUACCGCUCCUCCCACCCCUCCCA